AAAAUAAAAAUUUUAAGAUAAGUUAUGAUCAUGAAUUCAUUAAAAUUUCUUUACUACAUGGCUGUGAUGUCACAGACUCUUUAUAAUACGGAAAAAACUCCAAUUGAAUCUCCAAUAAGAUUAUCGAGCCCAAAACUUAAAAAACCAGUACUACUUUUUAAAAAAAAUUAUGUCGAGUGGAUGGUGCCGAUUUUACAUGCUAUUAAUUUUAAAGAUUGGAAUUAUUUAUGUUAUGGUGCAUUAGUUCACCCUCGAGUAGUUUUGUCAGCUGAUCAACCUUUUGACGAAAAUUUUCCUUCUCUCUAUGCCGUUGGUAUUUAUAAUUGGAAUAAAACUAAUAGUAGACUCGCUCAAAUCGAUCUAGACCAUCUGUUCAACAUAACUCAUAUAAGACGAGAUCUCCAAUCUAAAUAUGAAUUCAUAGAGUCUGAUUCAUCACGCAAAAACUUAAAUCGAAUUGCUAUACUCGUCCUUACAAGUCCAAUAAAUUCCGUGAACCCACUAAAUAUUGAGAAAUCUCUAACAAUUAAUGAUAUUCUUAGAAAAAACACGUCAAAACCUUGUUUACACAUUAGAAUUCUGGAGAAAGUUGGCCCAGAGUAUUAUAGUCCAAUGUCGAAAUCUACUAUUUUUGAACGAAUGGUAUCAACUGAGUAUCUAAUUACCAAUCUUACGACAUUAAAUAAUGUGAAAGAAAUUUUGAUGCCAGAUUGGUUUCCAACAUAUUUCAAUAUGGUGAAUCAUUCUGAUGCUAGCAAUAAUUCACAAACAUUUUUCUCAAUAAAUAGUUGGAGAUUAAACACAGACCCUUUAGUAGGAUCUCCAAUCUUAUGUCAAUCCAUCAAUAAAACUUAUAGCUAUUCUCUGGCGGGAAUUCUAACGGAUACAAUUAAUGGAUUAUUCCAAUAUUCCACAAUAAAUAAUAAUUCAUGGAUCAUAGAGAACCUCAAUCAAGUUUUGAAAACUCUAUAAAUUAAUCGGUAUGUAGAAAAAAAAUGAACUUGGCUCAAGAAGAAUUAGUUUAAAUUAAAAAUAU